AUGAGCUCCGAAGAGACCGCGGGCACAGCCCAUCCGCCCCCGCCGCAGCAGCAGCAGCAGCAAUCGCCACCUUCUGCGGCCACCUCGAACGACGCACGCGUCCGCAUCGUCGGCGACCUGCCCCCCAAAGUCACGCUGCCUGCAGACAAGCCCACAGGUGGCGAGCACGACGACGACGACGACGAUGACUCCGACGACGACGACGACACCCAUCACCGCGACGACGAGGAAGAGGAUCCGCAGACAGAGGAAGAUGAGCCGCCGCAGCAGCAGCCUGCCACGGGCGCGGCCGGGCCAGCGGGGUCCGGCCCGCAGUCGCAGACGGUCCAGUACGGCGCCGUGACGGUGCAGACGGGAGGACCUGCCAACGGCCAACUCGAUGCGCUGCCGUCGCGCGACGAGAUCCCGGACGAUUCGGAGCUGCUGGCCAGCUACCCGGACACCGAGGAGAUCCUCGACCUGAGCCACCUGCGCAUCAGCAGCACGCGCAACCUCGGCCUGCCGCGCUUCCAGCGCAGCGCGCGCCGCCUCUGCCUGCGCCAGAACGAGAUUGCCAAGAUGCGCUCCAAGGACAUUGGCGUGCUCACCGAGCUGCGCGACCUCGACCUCUACGACAACAGCAUCGAGCGCAUCUCGGGCCUCGACCGCCUCGACAAGCUCGAGUCGCUCGACCUCUCGUUCAACAACAUCCACCACAUCUCCAACGUCUCUCACCUCGGCAGCUGCAAGACGCUCUACUUUGUCCAAAACAAGAUCUCAAAGGUGCGCCCCGACGACCUGCAAGGCCCCAUCGCCCAGUCCCUCACCAGCCUCGAGCUCGGCGGCAACCGGCUGCGCAGCAUCGACAACCUCGGCCACCUCCACGCCCUCACCGAGCUGUGGCUGGGCAAGAACAAGAUCACGUCGCUCCGCGGCCUCGAGACGCUCGUCAACCUGCGCAUCCUCUCGAUCCAGUCGAACCGCAUCACGCGCAUCGAGGGCCUCGACUCGCUCGUCAACCUCGAGCAGUUCUACAUCUCCCACAACGGCCUCACCCGCAUCGAGGGCCUCGACCACAACCGCAACCUCACCACGCUCGACGUCAGCGGCAACCAGAUCGAGGUCGUCGAAAACGUCGCGCACCUCGCCGAGCUCGAGGAGUUUUGGGCCAAUGACAACAAGAUCAAGGACCUCAACAACCUCGAGAGCCAGCUGGGACCCAAGCUGAUGCCCAAGCUCGAGACCGUCUACCUCGAGGGCAACCCGGUCCAGCGCACCGAGGGACCCGCGUACCGGCGCAAAAUCAAGCUGCUCCUGCCGCAGCUCUCGCAGAUUGACGCAUCCUUCAAGGGAUCCCAAGUCAGCCGGUCUGCGGACUGCUGGCUGGCCGCACGCACGCCUCCGUCCGCCUGCCUGCAAUAG